AUGGAUGGUGAAAAAAUACGCGCGUCGCCCCGUGGAGGGACUGGCGAUGGCGGGGACGCGGCGACGCGCGUGGACGUCGACGCGCUGGAGCGCGCGGCGCUGGUGGCUGGCGGGUGGACGGCGCGCGUGGACGGCGCGCGACGGGAGGUCGGUGGAACGGUGACGCGGGCGAAGGCACCGCUCGCGAUGGCGGUGCGAGGAUUGACGUACGAGGUUCGCGCACGGGACGACGCGACGAAGAUGGUGCGGUUGUUGGAUGACGUGAGCGCGGCGUUUCCUCCGGGACGCGUGUGCGCGCUCAUGGGGCCGUCUGGGGCGGGGAAGACGACGCUCUUGGACGUCAUGAGUGGACGUAAAACGCGAGGGUGUCUCACGGGGCAGAUCGUGGUCGGGGCCGAACCGGCGACGAAGGCGGCGCUGAAGACGUGCGCGGCCUACGUUGAGCAAUUCGAUACGUUGCUGCCGUCGCUCACCGUGCGCGAGACGCUCAUGUAUCAGGCAGAGCUCAAGCGCGGUGCGGGGGAAUCGGACAUGCGCGAGCGGGAGGCGAUCGUCGAAAAGCUCAUAGACGAUCUGAGAUUGUCGUCUUGCGUCGAUGUCAUCGUCGGGAGCGCGCUGUCGAGAGGCAUCUCCGGCGGGCAGGCGAAACGGGUGAACAUCGGCAUCAGCCUCGUCACUCGACCGCGCGUGCUGUUCCUCGAUGAGCCAACGAGCGGUUUGGAUUCGCAGACAUCAUACGAGCUCAUGCGCGUGAUUCGAAAGUUUUGCGACAUCGAUGGCGUGACGGUGAUCGCCACCAUUCACUCGCCGAGCUCAGAGGCGUUCCGUCAAUUCGACCGUCUAUUAAUGCUGAAAAGUGGCAAGGUCACGUACGCCGGACCGCUCUUCGGUGAAGAGGGCGCCGAGGCGUAUUUCUACACGUUGGGAUACUACUUCGAUCCGAAUGACAACUUUGCCGACUUCUUAAUUUCCACUGCCGCCUCAAACGAGACGGAUUUUGCGAGAGAGUUCAAGGCGAGUUUCCAUCAUAAGCGUAAUCGAGACGAGGUGCGAAAGUACAUCCGAGAGGUGAUCGCUCGUAAAGACGCCGGAAAAACGCGUUCGCAGCUUCUCGCUGACGCCCCGAAGAGACCAGGCUUCCUGAGCGCCGUGUGGACGCUUCUCAAGUAUCGGACCACGAGAAAUUAUCGCGACGUACAGUUUCUGGGCGCGAGAUGCGGAGGACAUCUCAUUUUCGCCGCCGUCUUGGCCACCAUGUACUACGAUGAGGGCAAAACCAUGACGCUCGAAUCACAAAUCAACGUAAGUAGUAUGCUCUUCAUGAACAACGUCCUCCCCGCGCUCGCGGCUGGGGCGUAUCUGCCCUCCAUUUUGAUGGAACGUCCGCUCUUAUACCGCGAGCUCGACGACGGAUGUUAUCCUCUCCUGGCGUACGUGGCGUACAAGGUCAUCGAAGAAGCCACGGCGGCGUUCUUCGUCUCCCUGCUCGCGACAUCCAUCGUAUAUACCACCGUUGGUCUGCGUGGAAACUUCUUGGUCGAUUGGCUCGCUUACUUCGGCGUCCAGCAAUGCGGCGCGGGCGUCGCCUACGUGUGCGCCGCCAUCGCUCGAGACGUCGACGCCGCGAACGCCAUCCUCCCCAUCUACAACGUUCUCCAGAUCCUCUUCUCCGGGUUGCUUCUACACAACGACGACGUUCCCAAGGGUUGGUCGUGGUGGCCACCCACGCUCUUCGUCCGCUACGGUUGGCAGGCUCAAGUCGUGAACCAUUUCAAGAGGUCCGAGCCGCCCGCGUUUCUCUCCGACGACGGAUCCCUCGUCGGCGUCAUCGACUACUACGGCAUCCAAGGCACCGCGCGCGCUAACCUCGCCUUCAUUUACGCGUUAUGGUUCGCCUGGCUCUUUCUCGCCGCGAUCGCCACCGCCGCCGUGCGCCACCAGAAUCGGUAG